GGGAAAGAAGUAAAGAAGUCCUGAAGCAGAAGAAGAGAAGAGAACCAUGAGUGAUGGCGGUCCAGAUGGUCCAAAACUUUACACCACCAAACCUAAAAAAGCACACCUGAAACAAUUCAAGGCCAAAGAAUUCUCAUCUCCUCCAUCCAUGGAGACUCCUAUUGCUGCUGCUGCUCCUCCUCCUCCUCAGCCUCCGAAGGAAUCUUUUGCCAGACGCUACAAGUUCUUGUGGCCACUUCUCCUAACUGUGAAUCUUGCUGUGGGAGCUUAUCUGUUUAUGAGGACCAAAAAGAAGGAUAUAGUAAUAGAAGAUGGCGAAACUACAGUUGAUGUUCCCUCUACUCCAACUGCAACUACGACUACAACUACAACUACUACAGUUACCGAAAAAUCAGCACCCACCACAUCGAUCAUAGUGCCACCAAAGGUGCUCCCACCUAUCCUAGAGAACCAGCAGCGUGAACUUUUCAAGUGGAUAUUAGAAGAGAAAAGGAAAACCAAGCCUAAGGAUCCAGAAGAGAAGAAACGUAUUGAUGAACAGAAGGCCAUUCUUAAACAGUUUAUUCGAUCAAAAUCUAUCCCAAGUCUCUAAGUCUGAAACCUCUAUUUUUGUUUGACAAAUUUUGUGGAUUUCUUAGUUUUGAUUUCUUUAUCUAUUGUUUGUUAUGGCCCCCUUUUUAUGAUCAAGUUUGUGAUUUGAGUGAAAUCCGGUAGAAACCUUUUGUUGCAGUUGAAAUUUUGUAAAUCUGUGUUUUUGCAAUUGAGAAAGCAUUGCAAGAACCAUGGAGCCAUGGUAUAAGGCCUGCAAUGUGAAAUCUAAGAUACUCUUAAACAGAGUUUAUUCAA